AUGAACUUUGACAGUAGUGUGUUGAAAAUGAGGGUUACGAGGACUUUAUUUCGUUUUAUUCCAGAACUAUGAUUGACGAGAAUUUAAGUUUAAGGGACGAGCUACAAUGUCGAAGAAACGAGUGGCUUAUUUUUACGACGAGGACGUUGGAAACUUCCAUUACGGCCUUAAUCAUCCGAUGAAACCCCACAGACUCACAUUAACACACAACCUUGUGUUUAACUAUGAUCUUCACAAAAAAAUGGAGGUGUAUAAGCCUUACAGGGCGACAUACCAUGACAUGUGCAGAUUUCAUUCUAGUGAUUAUAUACAGUUUCUGAGAAGGGUAACACCACAAAACACAAUAGGACAAAACAAAGUGGUGAAUAAUUUUAAUGUUGGAGAAGACUGUCCUGUGUUUUCUGGCCUGUUUGACUUCUGUUCAAUUUACACGGGUGCAUCACUGGAGGGGGCUGUGAGGCUUAAUCAAGGGGUAUGUGACAUUGCCGUCAACUGGGCAGGAGGGCUGCACCAUGCAAAGAAAUGUGAGGCUUCAGGAUUCUGUUAUGUCAAUGACAUUGUAGUUGCAAUACUGGAACUUUUAAAAUAUCAUUCCCGUGUGUUGUACAUUGAUAUUGACAUUCACCAUGGUGAUGGAGUUCAGGAAGCAUUUUACUUGACUGAUCGUGUUAUGACGCUAUCCUUUCACAAGUUUGGCAAUCAGUUCUUCCCAGGAACAGGGGACAUGUUUGAAUUAGGAGUUGAGAAUGGAAGAUUUUAUUCACUAAAUGUUCCCUUGAGGGAUGGAAUAGAUGACCAAGGUUAUGCUAACCUUUUCAAGCCUAUCAUGCAGACUGUAGUGAAUCAUUAUCAACCCAGUUGUAUUGUUUUACAGUGUGGAGCUGACUCACUUGGCUGUGACAGGCUUGGGUGUUUUAACCUCAGUAUCAAAGGACACGGUGAGUGCGUACAAUACGCGAAGACCUUCAACCUUCCCAUGCUAGUUCUUGGUGGAGGAGGAUACACCAUAAAGAAUGUUGCACGUUGCUGGGCUUACGAAACAUCUCUGUUAGUGGAUCAGGAAAUCUCAAGUGAAAUUCCCUAUAACGAUUACUUGGAGUAUUUCGCUCCAGACUUCUCGCUGUACCCAGACAUCGCGGCCAGAAUAGAGAAUCAGAACACAAAACAGUACUUGGACAAUAUCAAGCACACUGUUAUCGAAAACAUCAAAUGCCUAACAGGCGCCCCCAGUGUACAGAUGCAAGAGGUCCCCCCGGAUUUCAUGUGCUUGGAGGCCAUGGAAGAUCAGGAAGACCCUGACGCCAGACAGGAUGAGGACUCAAGAUUUGAGGGGGAGUUCUAUGACGGUGAACAUGACGUGGAUAAAGAAGACGCGUACGUAGAGGUGUUAAGAGAACAUUGAAGUAAGGGAAAUGUUGGCUAGGGGGACGAAAAGCUGGCAUGAGACAUGGAACCUGCUGAGUACUGAGCCAGAAGGAAAACGAACCCAAGCAAGGAAACAAAUAAAUAAACAAACAAACAAACAAAACAACGUCAGAGAAGAGCUGCUAUGUUUUUUGGAAGCAAAACAACAUUUGCCUAAAUCCAAGUGCCGCUGUAUAUAUGUACUUCAUGAACGCCUCGUCAGGUGUCCCUGAUAAGCAAAAUCUCUUAAGCUCGAUAAGAGAGCUGCAGUCCUUGUACAAAGACUCCUUUCGUAUUUACGUGUAAAUUUUUAAUUUAACUGUAAACCUUGCAAUGUAAUCCGCGAAGGCCAGUAGAAUUUGUAACAUGUAAAUAAAGUGAUGGUUCUUGGAGAGAAGUUCUUGUUUUUAACCUUGUCAUCUGGGUUGUCACACAAUCCUUAUUUGUAGCGUAGAAGAUCACGCAACCCUAAUGAGCGUGACUGUAUUAUUAAAGCAUCCUUUGUAUGGAUCACCUGGUUUAAUAAAACAAGGAUGAUUGUUAAAAUUGA